CGCAGCAGCAGCCAUUCAAGUCAACUCUGACCACCGUCGACUUGAAUCAUUCAUCUCCUUUUUCCAGCUAUGCUCACGACCCAUUCGACGAAAUGCCGAUGAAGCUCCUCACCGGAAUUCUCCUCAUCGCGAUCCUCUCCGCCGCCGCCGACGCCCGCUGCAGCCGCGGCUGCGACACCGCGCUAGCCUCCUACUACAUGUGGCUGGAUUCCAACUUAACCUUCGUUUCUCGGAUGACUCAAACCCCAAUCAACACAAUCCUCUCCUACAACCCUUCCAUCCCCAAUCAGGACAGCGUUCAGGCCGGCGCACGCGUCAACGUGCCUUUCCGGUGCGAUUGCCUCCAAAACGGAGAAUUCCUCGGCCACGAGUUCGAUUUCACGACUUUUCCCGGCGUCACUUACCUGACGAUCGCGCAAACCUACUAUUCGAAUCUGACGACGGUUGAUUCGCUGCAGAGCUCCAAUACGUAUCCGGCGGAGAAUAUUCCGGACACCGGCGUCACGCUGAAGGUGGUGGUGAAUUGCAGCUGCGGGGAUGAGAAUGUGUCCGAGGAUUAUGGAUUGUUCAUCACGUGGCCUUUGAGGCCAGGGGAUACGCUGGAAUCGGUCGCGGCAGCUAAUAAUUUGACCGCCGAUAUAGUUAGUAGGUAUAAUCCUUCAGCUAAUUUCAACUCAGGCAGUGGAUUGGUGUAUAUUCCAGGAAGAGAUCAAAAUGGGAUAUUUCCACCUAUACCGAGCAGCAAAGGACUAUCUAGUGGCGCCAUUGCUGGGAUAGUGAUUGCAGUAGUAGUUGGGGUGGUGGUAGUUUCUGGUUGGGUAUAUGUAGUGCUGCGGAGGAAGAAGAACAAGGAGAAGAUCAAGUUACUCUCAGCAUCUGAAGGUACCGACGGCUCUAAUUUCAAACCACAAGAUUCUGGUAGCACUCGCGCUAGUGCAUCUCCAGCUCUUGGCAUUACUGUUGAAAAAUCUGUUGAGUUUUCAUAUGAAGAACUUGCUAGCUCAACUGAAAACUUCAGCCUGGCUAAUAAGAUCGGUGAAGGUGGAUUUGGUGCUGUUUACUACGCUGAGCUUCGAGGCGAGAAAGCGGCGAUCAAGAAAAUGGAUAUGCAAGCGACUAACGAGUUUCUCGCUGAGCUGAAGGUUUUGACGAAUGUUCAUCACCUCAACCUGGUGCGCUUGAUAGGAUACUGUACCGAGGGCUCUCUUUUCCUUGUUUACGAAUACAUUGAGAAUGGAAACUUAAGCCAGCAUCUCCGAGGAUCUGGCAGGGAGCCGCUCCCUUGGUCGACUAGGAUACAAAUUGCUCUUGAUUCAGCUAGAGGUCUCGAAUAUAUCCAUGAGCACACGGUCCCUGUGUACAUCCAUCGAGAUAUCAAGCCAGCAAAUAUUUUGAUAGACAAGAAUUCGCAUGCCAAGGUUGCAGAUUUUGGCUUGGCGAAACUUACUGAUGUCGGAAGUAACUCACUACCAACGGGGCGGCUUGUGGGUACAUUCGGCUACAUGCCUCCCGAGUAUGCGCAAUAUGGCGAUGUUUCCCCCAAAGUCGACGUGUAUGCUUUUGGUGUCGUGAUCUAUGAGCUGAUAUCAGCAAAGGAGGCUAUAGUUAAGCAAAACGGGAAUGCAGCAGACUCGAGGGGCCUUGUUGCUUUGUUUGAAGACACUCUAACUCAGCCCGACCCGACUGAGGAUCUGAAGAAGCUGAUCGAUCCUAGACUCGGGGAUAACUACCCGCUUGACUCUGUCCUCAAAGUUGCACAGCUUGCCAGAGCUUGUACUCAUGAGAAUCCACAACUACGACCGAGCAUGCGUUCGAUCGUGGUUGCAUUGAUGACGCUGUCGUCAUCGACGGAUAAUUGGGAUGUCGGCAAUUUCUACGGCAACCAGAACCUCUUGAAUCUCAUGUCUGGGAGGUAACAUCUAGAGAUGAGCAUCUAUCGGAGAAUCCAUCUUGUAAUGUACUAUACAUGUAUGUAUUUCUAUAUUUAUUUUUUGUAGAUGAUUUUGUUUGUGUAUAUUAUACAGUUGCUUGUAUUUAAACGGGUGGUUUGUUAAGCCAUCAAAUUGCACAUAGAUACUGAAUGAAACGAUAGUUUCAGUUGUA